AUGACUCUCAUUCACAUAGUCCUCUUCAGAUUCCAGCCGUGGGUGACUCAAGAACAAGGCGAGGCAUUUCUCCGCGAAUGCAAGUCGCUCAAAAACUUGUCCUGCAUUAAAGAUGGACGCCUUUUCGUUGGCGGCCCAACACUGACGGACCCGAUUGAACUGUCAAAAGGACUCAGAUAUGCCCUCGUAAGCUAUCACGAAAACCUUGCUGCUCUCAAUGAGUAUCAGGUAGCCAAAGAAGCAUCCCGGUACGUGGGAACACUACUCGUUGCCGCCUAUCUCGCUUUUGCCGUCGUAUUACGGCUAACUAAUGAUCUCCCCGGUGACAGUGAUAGGUUGCCAUAUAAAGACGACCCUCUCGAUUACGAAACGCUUUGCCGCUUUGAUUUUGAGGUACCUCCUGAGGACGAGUACAUGUGCGGAUUCGGUCCUUUAGGCAAGAUCUUAGGAAAUUAG